GCCCAUACCACCUUCCUUACUAGUCAUGAACAUUGCGGUCAUUUGAGCUUUCUUUACACCUUUAAACACCAUGAGUAGUGCCACUCAUGUGGAUCAGCGAGCUGUCAUUCAGGCCUACCGUCAUCUUUACCGGCAAGGACUGCGGGUGAUUAAUUAUUCUACUCCAUCGCGCCAUGUCCUUCUCCGAACUUUGCGAUCUUCGUUUCGCUCGUCUCCUCGUCAUGAUUUCGAUCCACACAGGAUAGCCAACACUCUACGCUUCCUCCAGCGAGCUGCCAACGCUGCGGGCAUGGAACAUAAGAUCGUGAAGAAUUUGAUGAUGGUUAGGUACUGGGAGCAACCCCAAGUGAGAAAGGAUUUGCGAUUAUUGAAAGGGCUAGGGAUUGACCAAAGAGAGUCCACUCUACGCAGAGAUGCCAAUGAGCAAUUUAAUUUGACAUUAAUGCUUCUGAAUGAGAGCUUAGGGACAUGCCUCAGAUAAUAAGGGGUAAUAUUACUCUUCGUUUUAGACAUCGGUUAAAGUUGUACUUCAUUAUGUGAUACUAGAAAGCCAGAGGAGUUGGGUCCAGCAGAGAUGUAGUGCGUACGAAAUACAGUCUACGCCUUUCGAUUUAAAAUACACAUCAGUGAUGACCCCUGUUGAAUAACA